AUGUCAUCUGAUGUUGUUUCCGAAAAGUCCCAGUCAUGGGCUGUCGAACCACCUCAGCCUCGAGAGUGUACCCAACGCUGCAUCGGCUUCGUGUCGCUCGCGUCUGAGAGCGCGACAUUUGCCGCUAAUGCUAGUUACUUGUACAAUGCGACGAGCUGUCCCGGGUACACGCUUCAAGAGCUCAAGCAGACCAACACCGGGCUUACCGCGCAACUCGACCUCGCCGGAGAAGCAUGCAACGCCUUUGAGAGCGACACCCAGAAGCUGACUAUCCAAGUCACCUACGAGACCCAGCAGAGGUACGUAGUUUCUCAUCUUAUCGAGUUUACCCAGCAAUACACCAUCCCCUCCUCCGUCAUCCCCGUCCCGGAUCCACCCAUGACGUCGUACACGAACAGCUCGAACCUCGUGUUUAACUACGACGCGUCGCCGUUCGCGUUCUGGAUUACGCGGCGAUUCGACCAUCCGGGUGCGAUGCCGCUGUCUGACACCACGCGCGUCGUCUCUUCCCAAGGCGCCCAUCGCUCCUGCAAACGGAACGGACAACUCGACCGCACUGGAUAG